GAUCACGCUGCGAUCGGGAGACUAAAGACGAGUCGUGCGAAAUUUUUGCAAAAAAAAAUAAUAAGAAAAUCUUUUUUUUGUGGUCUUACCUUUAAAACUUUAUAUUUUGUGUGUCCGAGUGUGAAUUUUAAUUGACUUUUUAAAAAUAAACUUUUUUGUAUUGAUUUGUGAUAACGAGAAUUAAUAAACCUUGAAUUUUUAAUCGCAUUAUAAAUCAGGCAGAUGAGAGUGAAGAAAAUGAACAAUAAAUGAAAAGAAUCGUCUUUUUGCUAUUUUAUGCCUGUUAAAAAUAAAGAAAAGAAAAAAAAGGAAGGCAGAAGAAAAUUCCUAAAACACUUGAAUGGUGACAUAAAAAAAUUUUCUCUGUCUGAGACAAGCGAAAUAUAAAAAAAAGUUGCAAGGAACAAAACGAAAUUCCCAACUUGACAAUUGUAAUAAAAAAAUGUGGUCAUUGAUCAAACGUUUCUAGCAUCAAAGCGGAGCAAUCUGUAGAUGUUCAUAGCUACAGUAGCAAUAGAAAAAUCAAAACAAUUCUCGGAAGGAAUAAAAAAAUCAACAAUAUUGACAAUAAAUAAAAGACAGAACUGGCAAAACCUCUUAAGGAAUAGACAACAAUAAAAUAACGGUAUAAACAUAAUCAUAUUAGGAAUAAGAAUAAGGAGCAAGUAGUGAUGGCGUCAUCAAGUCAUUCAUCUUCAUCGUCGAGAAGUGAAUCAUCAGGUUCGAGACGAUCAAAUCUACAUGUCCACAAAAUACGUGAAUUUGAGUUAGAGAAGGUACAUUUAAUGGACGAGUUUGACAUACUGCAAAUUGUUGGUGAAGGAUGGUUUGGUAAAAUUCUUUUAGUUGAACAUCGUGCCACUGACACAGAAAUGGUGCUUAAAGCAUUGCCGAAGCCUUAUGUGUCCGUUCAGGAUUUUUAUCGAGAAUUUCAUUUAGGAUUGUGUUUGGGCUCUCAUAAAAAUAUCGUUUCAACCUACGAUGUGGCCUUUGAGACAUCUGGAUUUUAUGUUUUUACACAGGAGUAUGCGCCUCUAGGAGAUUUAACAUCAAAUGUAUCUGAUAAUGGCAUUGGUGAGCUCCAUUCAAAACGCGUUGCAAGGCAAAUUGCAGCUGCACUCGAAUAUAUGCAUUUAAAAGAAAUUGUACAUCGAGAUGUAAAGCUGGACAAUGUAUUGGUAUUUCGAUCGGAUUUCUCACGCGUUAAAUUAUGUGAUUUUGGUGAAUCGAGACGAGUGAAUACGAUGGUACAACGGAGAAAUGAAUGGCUUCCGUAUACAGCACCUGAAAUUAUUAAUACAGAAACUGAUGACACUUAUAAGACUGACUUUACUCAUGAUAUAUGGCAAUUUGGUAUUGUUAUUUUCAUUUGUUUGACCGGCUGCUUACCCUGGCAAAAAGCAUCAAUGGAUGAUCCACGCUAUAACAAAUACAUCCAAUGGCACAACUCAUCAUUUCCAAUCAAACGAACACCAAAACUUUUCAAAUUAAUUUCAGCAAAAGCAAGCAAGAUGUUUCGUAAAUUUCUCGAGCCUAAAAUUGAAAGACGUAUAAAGUCAUUGAAUGAGCUUCACAAAUAUCUCGAUGAAAGGUGGCUCGCACGUUCGGCUGAAAAAGAAAUGGCUGAGUACGAACCAGACGAACUUAAUCCAUCGCUAUAUUCCUUCCACAGUAAUAUUGAUGAGAAAAAUAAAUUGCUAUAUUCAUUCACUCAGCAAGGCGUUGAGACAGUAGUGGAUAGAGUUGCAAAGAAGAAUCGUAUAAAGGACUGGAUACAAUCAUCUAUAAUAACCGAGGAAGAAGAAGAAGAAGAUUCCGGAUCAUCGACAGUCUCAAUUAAUAUGACACGGACACCCAUUCCAGGUCACAUAAGUUCACUUCGUGCAGCUGAAGAAGAGCAAAGGAGGAAUGAGCAAGAGCAAAAGAGGAUAGAUACAUUGAAGGAUGCUAGUAAGAAGCACAUUGAUCCGUUUACAGGUAAAAUACAGCAAGAAGGAGUACCGAGCACAAUGGGAGCACCACUAAUGUUGAGUAAAAAUGGAAGUCGUUCAUUAGAAAAUAAUCUUUCGGAGGAGAAUUUUGAAAUACCCGAAAAUGAGCCAGAGACAACAAUAAAUGGAAAAUUGGAUAUAAAUAUAAAGGACAAUUCACUUCGUGAUAAAUCGGAUAAUAAUAAUGUUCAAUAUUAUCAGACACAGCAAUCGAAUGACAGUUUGAGGCACAAUUACCAUUAAUAUUAAACAUUUAAAAAAAGAACCUUAAAAUGACAAUUUAAAAUUUUUAUCACAAAUACACAAACUCACACAACAAAAAUUAUAUUUUAUUCAUUUACACAAACCAUAUAAAUCGCAUAUGACUCUACUUUUUUUUUGUUUCUCAAAUUGAAAUUAUUGCAUUAAAAAAAACUUUAUAAUUAAUUAUUAUUCAUUAUGUAAAUAAAUUUCUGUAAUAUUCAAUGACAUCCAUCCAAUUAAUAAAAAAAAUUAUAUGCA